AUGUCCACGACUUCCAUCCUCCGCGCCUCCCACCGAGCCUCUCUUAAACCCGUUAAUUCCAAGAAGUCUAUCCUCAAACGUUCGGCAUCUAUAGCACUCUCCCCUCUGCUCCUAGCGCUCCCAUUCACGUCCUCACCGACCAUUAACUCUCCUUCGUCGCCGUUCCAGUCUUCCCCAAGGUCACCACAUGUCCACUUCCCUCCAACUCCUUCCCUAGCGUCCACGUUCAUCACACACUCCGCAUCGACAUACGAUCGCACUCCCGUGGACCUACCCCCAAAUCCGCUGGAGUUCCCUCCUCGAGGCCGCAGGGCGUACGACUCCUCUUUCGCAGACAGCCUGAGCCAAGGCAUUGUGCCCGUGGAUAUUCCAGCUGCAGCCUUCGACCCGCCCAUGUCAGAUUCCGACGUGCCGCUCUCUGCCUCUAUAAUGUCACCUCCACCCGUCUUCCAUCGAUUUAUUCGAUUCGCGACACUACCGCCCCACUCGCCCCUGCCGAAUCUGCAGAGCCAGACUAGUGCCGAAAUUGACUAUGGCCAUUCAGUUGGGUCGCCUUAUCCUCGCUCGCCCUAUCCUGCUGCACCAUCGCCUCCCCUGACUCCCACAGAGGCCGAUACUGAUGAAGGCUCGCACGUCAAUGACGCGAAGCCUGUUAUGAAGAAGAAACCUCGCAGGAUUGUGGCUUGGAAAGGACAUGGGGAGCUCAGGAUAUCUGACCUGCUCGCGUCACCCAGCAUUUCCUCUCCCCUUCGCCAGACAUACAUGACGCCGGGUGCGGAGGCACCGCCCACGAAGACAUCAUCGGGCCUCAAAUCCCCCGCCGGCACGAAGCCUCAGCCAUUGGACCUCAACCCAAGUCCUGGUUCAGACAGCGAUGGCUCGAAUCCGAGCUCCCAACUAAGCAAGGCGUUCUGGCGUUCAGUCUCCCUCGUCGACGUGUCUGAUGAAGCUGCUUGCGUCAGUGCGUGUGCAUACCCUCCAUCGGCCGUUGGCAUCCAGGAGUUCCUUGCCGAAGAUAUCGAUAGCCCAGUGACAAAUGCGACGCAAACGGGACAUACCCCGGGACUACUUUCUCUGCUGAGUCCCGUUCCGCUGUCAGCAGCCCCACUAUCUGCUGUCCCUGACCUAGUCAUGGGACGCAAGCCUGAGAUGCUCUGGUCACCCGGUCUUCCUCGCAAAAGGCCCUCGCUCAAGCUGAAACUACCUGAAGCAGCACCCGCUGAAACAGGCAUCGCCUUGCACGACGCCUACGAGGAUCAGGGCGAGGAUCAAGAGGAUGAAACGUCCAUAAAAUACGAUUACAUGGGCAACGCGGACGAUGCGGAUAUGGUUGAUUUAACAUCAAUCUUAAGCCCUGACGCCCGAAAGGAAGCUGGGUUCCUUUUGAAUCCUCCGCCGAGAUCCACUGUUGCAGCACCUUCUCCCAACGACCCAUUUGCCGCGUUCCCAUCAUUUUCAGCCGUUCUCGAGCUACAUGGAGGUGUUGAGGGUACUCGCGAUACAGGCGACUUUGAGGGAGGAGGGCAUGAUAGGCGAGGUCAGCAGGAUGUGGAGCUUGAUUAA